AUGUACGAAUGUGACUAUUGCGAUGUGGAAUUCUCUGACAGGGACGAGCUCGAUGAACACCUUGACGAUUAUGAUCACUGGGCCGAAUGUGAGACCUGUGACAGAGAGUUCCGGAGUAUUCGAGCAUCCCACCAGCAUAUGGAUGCUUUGGGCCACUGGAAGCCGAGAAUCCCUUGUGAAACCUGUGACAAGGUCUUCCUUUCUCAGGCUGCGGCUGAUCAGCAUAUGAAUGCCUUGGGUCAUUACAGGAACUACUGCAAAGACUGCGAUCGUCAUUUCGACAACGAAAACAACUUGCGUAUGCAUCGAAACUCGAAGAUUCACCGUGGAACCAACGUACUCUGCCCCUUCUGCAAGACUGCUUUCGUCACCGCGAGCGGGUUGGUCCACCACAUCGAGAGCGGCGCCUGCCCCCAGACCCCUGUCCUCGACCGAGCUACGAUUCUCCGUAUGGUACAGCAGUCUGACCCACAUGGAAUCAUCACGAACAAGGCCAUUGAAGCUCCCGAGCAGACAGGUGUGCAGUAUCAAGCCACCUCACGUGCCUAUAACGGUACCUACUGGGAGUGCUACAUCUGCCACAAGUUCUUCAAUACCAGUCAGGCGCUCAAUCAGCAUUUGAACUCGCCCGUACACCGGCAGAAGAUGUACCAUUGUCCCAACAAGAGAAGCUGUGGCAAAGAAUUCGUCACUUUAGCCGCGCUUUUCAAUCACCUCGAAAGCGAGUCGUGUGGGUUGAUGCGCUUCGAGCGAGUUCAGAAUAUCCAGCAAGGGGUUAUCGAUGCUGUAAUCAAUCGACGGGUCAUCACAAACUUCUGA